GUAUGGCGCCAACAUUGUUGUCCUUUCGGCGCCAGGUUAAGACCUUCCUCUUUGCUAUGGCGUUUUAAUAUGUAACUUGUUUUAGUUUUAAAUUUUGUUGUAAUUGUUUCUGAUUUCUUGUUUUUACAUAUGUUUAUGCUGUAUUUUAUUAUGAGAUUUUGAGAUGUUUUUGUAUUUUUAUAUUUUGUUGUACACCGCCCAGAGAGCUAAUGCUAGUCGGGCGGUAUAAUAAAUAAAUAAAACUGUGGGUUUCUAGUGAAUGGAUGCUCAGACAUAUCCAACCCUGCAUCUGUAGCUGUUUGCUGGGUAGCAGGUGGCAUUCAAGCAUGAGAAAAGAUACAGGGAGAGAAAGUUGCAGAUUGUCUGUUGUCCCCCAUCCCAACACACUUGAUACACAAAGGCAGGACAGUGUUUUAUCCCUAAUGCAGGAAGUGGUCAUUAGGAGAUUGGGGGCAUGGUAACGUUAGUAUGUUGAUCACACCCAACUCUAUUUCUUCAUAACAUGUGAAUCGGGAGAGGUUGUGACUGUGCUGGAUGAAGGUCAACAAACUGAGACUGAAUACUGGUAAGAGAGAGAUUCUGUGGGCGUGUGGUUACCAGAUCCGGGACCUGGAAGUUUACCUGUUCUGGAUGGGAUUGAACUUCCUUUGAAGGAACAGGUGCAUCAUCUGGGGAUGCUACUAGAUCCAUCUCUACAGGUGACCUCUGUAGCGAGGAGGGCCUAUGCCUUAUCGUGAACAGGGAUAGCUUAGCCACUGUGAUUAAUGGGUUGGGUAUUUCACAAAUGGACUACUGUAAUGCACUCUCUGUGGGUCUUUCCUUGGGAUUGUCCAGAAGCUGCAGCCAAGUUAAGUGGAGCACCUGGAUGUGCACAUAUUACACCUAUGCUGAGGGAACUGGACUGGCUGCCAAUCACAUAUUGGGCCAUGCUCAAGGUUUUGUUAACAUAUAAAGUCCAGAACAACUCAGGACCAGGUUACCUGAAAGACCGCUUGCCUUCGUAUAGACCCAUAAGAUCAUGUAGAUCAUAUGGGAAAAUUGUACAGCCAAAACUAGCUUUUUCUCCUGUUCCCCCUGCGCUGCGGAAUGAUCUUCCCUCUGUCAUAUGUGAAUUAGGAACUAUCAGUUGCUUCAGAUGCUUUGUAAAGGUUUAUUUUUGCCCAAGACUUUCUCUGAUCCAUAAGGUUGGAUCUUGCUUUAUAUGUUUAACUCCAUGAAUUCCUCUUUCAUUUUUUACAUGCUUUUGUACUGCAGUUUUACUGUUUAUAGGAUGUAAUUUUUAUUUAUUUAUUUAUUAUUUGAUUUAUAUCCUGCCCUUCCUCCCAGCAGGAGCCCAGGGCGGCAAACAAAAGCACUAAAAACACUUUAAAACAUCAUAAAACCAGACUUUAAAAUAAAACAUCUUUAAAAACAUUUUUUAAAAAGCUUUCAAGCCAUCUUAAAAAAAGGUUUAAAAACAUAGUAAAAAGCAAUUCCAACCCAGACACAGACUGGAAUAGGUCUCAACUUAAAAGGCUUGUUGAAAGAGGAAGGUCUUCAAUAGGCACCGAAAAGAUCGCAGAGACGGCGCCUGUCCAAUAUUUAAGGGGAGGGAAUUCCACAGGAUAGGUGCCACCACACUAAAGGUCUGUUUCCUGUGUUGUGUGGAACGGGCUUCCUGAUAAGAUGGUAUCUGCAGGAGGCCCUCACCUGCAGAGCGCAUUGAUCGACUGGGUAUAUGAGAUGGUCUUCCAAGUAUCCUGGUCCAAAGCUGUAUAGGGCUUUGUACAGCAAGACUAGAACCUUGAACUUUGCCCGGUAGCAAAUGGGCAGCCAGUGCAAUUCUUUCAGCAGCAGAGUGACAUGUUGGCGAUACCCUGCCCCAGUGAGCAGUCUCACCACUGCAUUUUGCACCAGCUGCGACUUCCAGACCAACCUCAAGGGCAGCCCAAUGUAGAUCGCAUUACAGUAAUCGAGGCUAGAGGUUACCAGUGUGUGGACAACAGUGUUCCGGCUAUCCUGGUCCAGAAGUGGCCGCAGCUGUCUUACUAGCUGAAGCUGGUAAAAGGCACUUCUAGUCACUGAGGUCACCUGGGCCUCUAGCAACAAAGAUGGAUCCAGGAGCACCGCUAGGCUAUGGACCUACUUUUUCAGAGGGAGUACAACCCCGUCCAAAGCACACAACUGACCAAUUAUUUGAACUCAGGAACCACCAACCCACAGUGCCUCUGUCUUGCUAGGAUUCAGAGUCAGUUUAUUGGCCCUCAUCCAGCCCACUACUGAAUGCAGGCAGUGGUCCAGGGCUUGCACAGCCUCUCCCGAUUCAGAUGUUGCAGAGAAAUAGAGCUGGGUAUCAUCAGCGUACUGCUAACAUUUCACCCCAAAUUGCCUGAUGACCGCUCCCAAGGGAUUCAUAUAGAUGUUAAACAGCAUGGGGGACAAGAUGUUACCCAGCAGCACCCUACAGCACAACUGCCAGAGAGCCGAAAGACAAUCACCCAAUGCUAUUCUCUGAAAACAACCUUGGAGAUAGGAUCGGAACCACUCUAAAACAAUAUCCAUCUCACCAUGUCGUCCCAGAAGGAUACCAUGGUCAAUGGUAUCAAAAGCCGCUGAGAGAUCAAGUAAGAGUAACAGGGUUGUACUCCCCCUGUCCUUCUCUCAAUAAAGGUCAUCCGUCAAGGCGACCAAGGCCGAUUCAGUCCCAUAACCGGGCCUGAACCCAGACUGGAAUGGGUCGAGAUAAUCGUCCAAGAAAUGGGUCAAGAUUUCGUCCAAGAGUACUUGCAAUUGCUGCGCCAUAACCCUCUCAAUCACCUUCUUUAAGAAGGGGGUAUUUGUGACCAGUCGGUAAUUGUCACGGACCGAUGGGUCCAGGGUGGACUUUUUCAGGAGCGGUCGGAUCACCGCAUCUUUCAAGGCGGCUGGAACCACACCCUCGCCGCAGUGAUGCGUUGACCACACCCUGGAUCCACUUGGUCAACCCCCCUCGGCAAGCUUUAAUAAGCCAAGAAGGGCAAGGGUCAAGAGGACACGUUGCUGGCUGCAUCAUCGCAAGCACCUUGUCUACAUCAUCAGGCUGCAUCAACUGAAACUGUUCCCAAGAAGGUGCAGCAGACGUUGCACUGGACACCUCCUUGGGGACUACAAGCUUUUAAUGAUAUAUUGUUUGUUUUUUAUGUUGUACACUAAGAUUCUUAAAUAUUAAGCAGGUUAUAAAUACUCUUAAGUAAAUAAAAAAUUUUAAGCCUAGUGUAGGUGAAUUGAUUGUUGUUCCUGCCUUGAGUUGCCUGUGCAAUAACAGGAACCAGAGGACAAGGCUAUAAGGCAAGGUGAGGCAGUGGAUGCAGGGUAGCAGGAUGGGAGAUAUACAGAUCUGACCCAUGGGAUACAAUGUGCCAGGAAAUUCGCCUAUCUAGGUCUCGUUGGACUAAUGCUACAGAAAUAAUCAUGCUGUGCACUGUUCUAUGCAGUUCCCACUCAUUUCAGUGGGGAUUACACGGGAUAAUUUCUAUGUUGAUUCUUCUACUUGUUUAGGGAGGGAAAAAGUGCUAGUUGGAUUUGUCACAGUCCCAUACCCUUACAUUAUUAUUUUUUUUAACCAGGGAUGGGGAACCGGUAGCCCUCCCAAUAUUGUUGGACUUCAGUUCCCAUCAUCCCUGAGCACUGGCCAUGCUGACUGGUACUGAUGGGAGUACAAUAUCUGCAUGGCCAGAGGUCACUCAGCCCUGUUUUAAUAAAGAAGUUGGGAGGCAAGGAAUUCAAAACACCACUUCCGCACAAGCAAGCAACUCAUGGAACAGCAAAACAGUUGCCGCAGGAGCAGCUCGGUCAUUGUGCAAGGAAAUUCAUCCGAGACUUCAAAAAGGACUGUUAUGAAACCAGAAGGCAGAGAGCCAGUCUGGCUUGUAUCUGGAGGUCUUGUGCUGUGUGUAGCGGUUGUGGCUUCCGGAGUCUUUGAUGGCGUUUGCACGGAUGUUGGGUACGAGUAUUAUGCUGAACCAACUGUGCCAGGAUUGCCUGCUGUACUGGCUAUGCCUGCCAAUUGUUUAAUCAAUUUGGCCUACAUAGUUCUGGGCUGGUACUGGCUGCCUUCAGGUGACAAAAAAGGCCAGACACACUACCUUCAGGAAGUCUUUGCCCUCAUGGCUCUUGUAUAUGGGCCUGUACAAUGGGUCAGACUCUGGACACAGCAUCAUUGGGCAGCUGUCUUAGAUCAGUGGUUGACAUUGCCAAUUUUUGCUUGGGGUGCCGUCUGGUGCCACUUCCUGGAGCAAGGGUGGCAACCAGGCACCUUCCUGGCCAUGGAAGCAACUUCAUUGGCAAGCUAUGCUCUGGCAUUGCUUCACCCCCAAGGUUUUGAGAUGGCAUUGAGUGGACAUAUAUUCAUAGUUGUUUGGAGAGUAUUGAAGGUGCAGAGGCGUUUGGGUAAUGCCAUGUCUGCUUGGAUCAUGGCACUAGGAAUGGUCUCUUUCCUGGGCUUUGUAAGCCUCAAGCUAUGGGACCUGGAGCUGGCACAAUGGGCGCCAUUCCACCAGUUCACUGGCCAUUUUUGGUCCAAGAUCUGUGACGUGCUGCAAUUCCAUUGUGCCUUCCUCUUUUUUAUCCGUUUGAGCAGAUGCCACCUCAAGUCUCAGUGAAUUACUCCACAAUCUUUACAUAUCAAAGUUUAUAACCUUAUCAUCAAAGGAUAAAUGCUUUCUGCAAUGGCAGGGGGAUUUAAAAUAAUUGAAUCUGUAAGAAUAAAAAGCUGCUCAUAGAAACUGCUCUGGCUUUUCUCAAUGUGAAAAGAUAGCAGGGGUGUUGGCAAGGACCCCUUUCUACAGUGUCAUCUGUUCUGUUUAUUUCCUGCCCAAGUGGAAAGGUCUCAAGGCCAGUCUUGAUGCUUUUAACAAAAGCACACAGAAGAAAAUACCCAAUUUCUCUAGACCAUGGGAACAUCAGGAAAGUGCUCUCAACUGCUUUGAAAUGUUGUGAUGAAAUAGGAGAGGUGGAGGUCUCCAAGGGCUGCUAGGCACCAGAGUUUGACCUCAAGUUUCACGGUUUCAGCCUCCUCCCAUGGGUCCCAGGAAAAAGAUGACAAGCCUAUUUCCCAUAGUAUCUGUCCCUUUUCUCUAUUCUAAAGUUUAAACCAGGGGCAGACCACCUGCAACUGUCAGCCUAAUUUCAUGCAGUCCUUGCCUGCUUUCACACAGCUGAAGGAAGGAGAAGUUAAGAUAUUCUCUCGAGAUUCUUCAGAGAAAAACAGCAUGGGUGGUGGGCAUUGUGUAUGUGCAUGGAGGUAGUUCUAGCCCUGCUGAGCAUUGGCAUAUGUCCCUUUAGUGAUUACCUCCAAGGGAACACAGCCCUCAGCAGGAAAAAAAAGUUGUCUGGCCUUGGUUUAAGCAACUCAGUUUUACAAGGAUGUAUUUCUUGUGAAAGGCAGACACCAAUAAAGACAUCAUAAAUAUAUUUUGGAAAUACAUAGAAAGAGGUCAAUACUGCUACGCUGGAGGUCAUUUAGUAAGAGGCUUAAGUUGUGGUGUGCUCUUUUGUUUUUUAGGAUAACCAAGUGCUGCCAGGCUCCAGCAAUCAUCUUUUAGCUUCCAAACUUCACACUACCAGGUCUCCAUACAUAGGAGGGUCCAGGUCCUUUAAGGCCAACGCAACACUUUUGAGCUUUGGAAAUAGUGGGAAGCCACUGCUAUAAUGGUUGUUUAUUAGUUAUCAACUAAUCCCUUAGAUUCACAACCUUGGGGUACCUCUGGAAGAUCAGGUUGUAGUGGUUGCUAGUCAUGCUUUUCUCCUCUUUUAAGGUUCCAUUGUUCUGAGACCAAGCAAUUAGCAUUCACACCUCUGUAAUCUUGCAACUAGAUUAUUGUAAUAUACUGUUGGAGGGCUGCACUCUACCACUUUAUUUUCAAUCUCUUCCAAUAAUCCCCAAAACGGAAUUUGCCUUUUUCUUUACUGCCGCAUGAAGUUUACAUUUUCCAUUGUAUAGAGACCACCUUUUCCCUACGUUCUACAGCAACCUUUAACAUUGGCCAAAAACUCCUUGCUGUCAACCCUCUUUUGUAUGCCAUGGUUGAACAUCAAGGGCACAUAGACAUUUUAUAGCUGUGGGACAACCAGCAAGAACUCCUGUUACAGAGAUUUCUGGUUUUCGUGUCCCCUUCCUACCCUCUCCCAGCUUAAACUAUAAAUUACCUCAAUCUUGUCUAGAUUCAUCCUCUAAUCAGCUCACUUGUAUCCAGUUCUCCACAAUGUCUAAGCAGCAGAUAACCAGUCAAUGUAAGACCUAGGUCGGGGGUUCCCAAAUUAUGACCCUUGAGCUUCAUUCAGAUGGUCCAUGGCAUAUCAGUGUUAACUAUUCAUAUUUAUUUAAAUUGUAUUUUUAUUACUUCUAUUUCUUAUGUUGUAUUUUAUUGUAUUGUAAAUUCUACAGAAUGCAAAUUGUAAUAAAAUACAAGAAAUAAAGCAAGCAAUAAAAAUAAAAUUAACAAGCAUACAGCAUGCAGCACAGUGCAUUGCAGUCGUUACCGCAGGCAGAAAUAUCAUUAAACUAUCCACCUCGACCGUCAGCAAUUUUCAAGUGGUCUGUGGGGGGAAAAGUUUGGGAACCACUGACCUAGCUUUGAUGCAGAGCGUUUAGAUUAAAAACUAAUCAGCAACUCACAUACAAUGUAGUUCACCAGUAUCUGGGCCCUCCUGCCACAAACAAGACAGAACACCUCUAGAGCCAUCCCAUGAAUUUCUACUAUGGCCCACAGCCAAUGCUUCAUAACCAACAGCAACAAACUUGACAGAAAAAUCUAAUGGGGGUCAAUUAAAUAUGAUUGACUUUUGUCUAGCGAGAGAGAGUGAGAGAAAGGCAUCCAGUGUGUUCUAUCCCCCAUACUAAGAAGAAGCUACUCUUUGGCUUUUCUGAUUCAGACAGCAAAAUGUUCCCGUGUGCCAGCCCCCACAAGGGCUCACACUAGUUAGGCAGUCGCUAGAGCUAUAGAUUACUGCUGAUGUGUCAAUUUUGCAAACAUACAGCCCAGGGAAAGCAAAAAUAACUUUUAAGUAUGACACUGACCUUGCUUUGACACCCAAGAUAAAUACUUUUAGGACUUAUCCUGUUUAUCUGAUUGUACUGAUUGAAACAUUGUAUUAACUGAUUUUAAUAUUGUAUUUUUAUUUUUGUAACCUGCACUGGCACCUUAUGAAGGGCAGGUAAGAAAUCCAAUUAGUGAAAUAACAAUAGUACAGAGGUAACUGCUUUUUUGAUGGUAGUGGUGUCAUAUUUAAGGUAUUUUGCUACCUCUCAUUGUCAUUUUUACAGUUGAUCAAAUAACCAUUCCUCAGUGGUACAUACUUUGCGUGCAGAAGGUGCCAAGUUCAAUUCCUGGUUUCUG